GGGAACAGGAAGGGGGCGUGACGCGAACCGGAAGGGGCGGGACGUGGCGCGGCGGCGCUGGCGGUGGCGGUGAGCGCGGUUGGCGCGCGCGCUCGGGGCCUGCUGGCGUGCACCUUCCGUCUUCCUGCUUCGCCCCGGUCCCAGCCCGGGCUCCUGCUCCUGUCUCUGGAAAUAUGUCCGAGGGAGUGGAUCUGAUUGAUAUUUACGCUGACGAGGAAUUCAACCAGGACUCUGAAUUCAGUAAUGCUGAUCAGAUGGAUCUGUACGACGACGUGUUAGCAGCCAGCUCGCAACCCGCCGAAAGCCGCACCAGCACCUCGGAGCCACCCCCGGAGAUCCGUCAGGAGCCGUCCCCCAAGCCCAACAGCAAAUCUCCCGCCAUCCUCUACACGUACAGCGGGCUGCGCAACAAGAGAGCCGCCGUCUACGUGGGCAGCUUCUCCUGGUGGACAACUGACCAGCAGCUGAUCCAGACCAUCCGCUCCGUCGGUGUCUACGACGUAGUGGAGCUAAAAUUCGCCGAGAACCGAGCCAAUGGCCAGUCGAAAGGGUACGCAGAGGUGGUGGUGGCCUCCGAGAACUCGGUCCACAAACUCCUGGAGCUCCUGCCCGGCAAAAUCCUCAACGGGGAUAAGGUGGAGGUGAGGCUGGCAACCCGGCAGAACCUGUCACAGUUCGAGGCGCAGGCUCGCAAACGUGUGCCGCCGAGGGCUCACUCCCGGGACUCCGUGGACUCAGUGGAUGGCCGUGCCACGCCGACGGAGAAUGCCUUGCCGCCUGCCCGCUUGGAGAAACCCCCCUCUGUCCUGCCUUUUUUCAACCGCCCCCCCGCCGCCCUGCCCCUCAUGGGGCUGCCCCCGCCGCCGAUGCCGCCCCCGCCACCCCUCUCCUCCGGCUUCGGCGUCCCCCCGCCUCCUCCCGGCAUCCACUACCAGCAUCUCAUGCCCCCGCCGCCUCGACUGCCCCCCCACCUGGCUGUGCCACCCCCGGGGGCUGUCCCCCCUGCCCUACACCUCAACCCUGCCUUCUUCCCCCCACCCAACGCGGCACUGGGUCCUCCACCGGACACCUACGGCAAGGCCAUGGCCCCCUACAACCACAGCAGCCGGGAGCUCGGCCCGCCACCUCCCCCUGUGAGCGAAGUGGAGUUCGAGGAGAUCAUGAACAGGAACCGGGCGAUCUCCAGCAGCGCCAUUUCCAAGGCAGUGUCCGGCGCCAGCGCAGGCGAUUACAGCGACGCCAUUGAGACCCUCCUCACGGCCAUCGCCGUCAUCAAGCAGUCCCGCGUCGCCAACGACGAGCGGUGCCGCGUCCUCCUCUCGUCCCUCAAAGACUGUCUGCACGGCAUCGAAGCCAAGUCCUACAGCACGAGCGCCAGCAGCAGCUCCUCCAGGAAAAGACACCGAUCUCGGGAGCGUUCUCCCAGCCGGUCCCGCGAAAGCAGCCGGCGACACCGGGACCUUCUCCACAGCGAGGAUCGGCACGAAGACUAUUUCCAGGAGCGGAACCGGGAGCACGAGCGACAUCGGGACAGGGACAGAGAGAGGGACCGGCAUCACUGAGACAGGAGUUUGGCAGUAAGUGGUUUUUAAUGGACUCGUAUCUCCUCACCUCGACCAGGACUACGUGACCGAGGCCGCUCCACCUCCCCUACCCCUUCCCCGCCACCCUCGACUCUCUCCGGGCACCCGAGGAAAGCCGUGCCGUGCCCCGGCGGGACUCCCACCGACACCUCGUGGCCUUUGGGGCCUGAGCCCUUGCCCGCACCCACCGCUACUGCUGCUUCCCGGGGAGAGGCGGGGAGCCGGGGAACGCCCGGGCCGCCCUGCUCCGCUCUGUGGACAUUUGGACCCAAAGAGAAAUGGUGCUUUUUUUCCACGGAGGGAGGUUUGUGAGCCCUUUCCUCUCCGGGGGUGGCUGAAGGGGAUGGAUCCCGUGCCGUGGAGCGCGGGGGCUCGCAGGCGCACGGCUCCCAGCCCCGUGCCUGGGUUUGCUGGAAGCGGUAUGGGGUCUUCUGCCACGUACCAUCCUCUCGCCUCAUCUGGGGACACUCCUGUCCCCAUCACACCCUGGCGGUCCCAGCAUGGGCCACCCUGUCCCGUCAGAUGCUGCGCUACGCCUCUGAGAGGAGAGCAUGGGCUCUCUCUCCUCUCUGCCCUGGGGACUGGGGGGCUGGAGCUGGGCUGGGGGGUCGCCCCCUCCCUCUGCCACAACGUUCCGCGCCGGCUCGCCGCAGCGGCAUCACCACCUCCGCUCUCAUCUCCCAAAAAACCAGCUCCAAGCGCUGGUGGGGCCUUGUGCGGAGCCGGCCUCUCCCGCAGCACCUUCCUUGUUUUAGAGGAAGCAGAGGAGGCAGGGCAGGCUGUGACCGCCCCCCCACCCCAUGUCCGGCUGCCCUCGGGGACCGCUUGUCCCCCGGGUGGUGCUGGGGGCUCUCCCUUCCCCAGCCCGGCUGCGCAGCCAGGCAGGAGCCCCCCGAUCCCCACGCCUCUCCGGGCUGCAGGGACUUCACACGGGUCCCCCCAGCAGGAGAGGGGGAGCCUGAGGCGGGGCGGGGGGGGGGGGUCAGGGUGAGCUGAGAGGGGACACAGGGUGACUUCGAGAGCGGGUGCCAGCCCCCAGGGCUGCUGGCCGGGCGGCGUCACCCUCUGAACUGUUGCUGGACAGGAGAAACCCAGCUCUGGAGGUCUUUUAGGGUAAAAUCCCGUGAAAAAAAAAAUAUUAAAAAAAAAAAACAACCCAUCUUGUAAAGUAUCACGAGGUGCCGGCGAAGCGGGUGAGUGCCGGGAGGAGGUGGGGGGAAGCGCUCGGUGGGAGAGUUCUGUUUUUUUACUUACCGACACAAAUUUUUAGUUUCUUUCCAAAUAGUGGGGGGAAAAGUGCAGAGCAAACCCCUAUUAACCACCCAGCGAGGCGCUGCCCCUCCUGCUCGCAGUGACUAGAUUUGUUUGUCUUUCUGAUAGGUUGGAAAUUGUGUAAUAAACUUGAUGACGUUGUCAAUCUUUUAUACGGCGCUGUCGGGUCCU